GGCUUCGCCUAUAUAAGCCGGAGAGAAGAAAAACUCAAUACACCAACACCACCACUGAACUCCAUGGCUGAGCCUAAUAAAAAGCUUCACAUAGCCAUGUUCCCAUGGCUAGCUUUUGGUCACAUAAUCCCAUUUUUAGAGCUUAGCAAGCUCAUAGCCCAAAAGGGACAUCAUAUUUCAUUCAUUUCCACCCCUAGAAACAUUGAACGCCUCCCAAAAAUUCCACCACAAGUAGCACCUUUGAUCACUUUAGUGAAGCUACCCUUACCCCAUGUCGAGAACUUGCCAGAAAACGCAGAGGCCACCAUGGAUGUACCAUACCACAUAAUUCCAUACCUUAAAAAAGCCCAUGAUGGUCUUGAACAACCUUUAUCUCACUUUUUGGAAACUUCAACUCCAGAUUGGAUUAUUCAUGACUUUGCCCCUCAUUGGCUACCACCAAUUGCUUCUAAACUAGGUAUCUUCCGGGCCUUCUUUAGUAUUUUCAAUGCAUCAACCUUAUGUUUCCUUGGACCAACAAAGUCAAGUGUGAUAGAAGCUCAUGAACCACGUUCAGAGCCUAAUCACUUCGUUGUUCCUCCCAAAUGGGUCCCCUUCCAUACCAAAGUAGCGUUUAGGUACUUUGAGGCAAAGCAAAUCUUUGACCUCUUUGAAGAAAAUGAUUCUGGUAAUUCAGAUUGGUUUCGUUACAUGAAAGUAUCGUCAGGCAUUGAUGCUAUAGCUGUUAAAACAUGUGUGGAAGUUGAAGGUGAAUGGGUGAAACUCCUUGGAGAGCUUCAUGACACACCUGUAAUUCCAGUGGGAUUAUUGCCACCCUCUAAGCAAGAGAGUUUAGGCAGCAAAGAUAGCAAUUGGGAUACAAUUGUUGAGUGGUUAAAUAAGCAAGAGAAAGCAUCAGUGGUUUAUAUAGCACUUGGAAGUGAAAUUCAACCAAGUCAAAACAACUUCAAUGAAUUGGCUUUUGGGCUAGAGCAAUCUGGGUUGCCCUUCUUUUGGGCUCUAAGGAAGCGAAAAGGCGUAGACUCUGUUCAGUUACCCGAGGGGUUCGAGGAGCGAACCAAAGAUCGUGGGGUUGUUUGGACAGGUUGGGCACCUCAGUUUAGAAUAUUAGGUCACGAAUCUGUUGGAGGUUUCUUGACUCAUUGUGGUUGGAGUUCAGUCACUGAGGCAUUCCAAUUUGGACGUGCACUUAUUUUGUUACCAUUUUUGGGGGACCAAGGAUUAAUUGCAAGAUUUUUGGAAGAGAAGCAGGCUGGAAUUGAGGUACCUAGGAAUGAGCAAGAUGGGUCAUUUACUAGAGACUCGAUUACUGAGACAUUGAAGUUGGUGAUGCAAGAUGAGAAGGGAAAGAUUUACCGGAACAAAGCAAAGGAAAUGACCACCAUAUUUGGAGAUAGGGACAUCCACAACCGAUGUAUUGAUAAAUUUGUUGAGUUUCUUGAAAAUAAAAUGGGUUAAGUGGGAAUCUAGAUUUCAGUUAGAAUUUGGUUUGGGGAAUCUAUAUUACUCCGGGUAUCUAUAUUUUUGAGAAUGUAAUAUUUCUAUGUUUAGUUUGAUUAAGAAUCUAAUAAAAAUCAUGAAAAUUUGAAAUA